AUGGCUUCGACAUUAGUCGGCCGCUCUGGUCGAGAGUAUCUUCGAGACAAGAUCCUCAAGCACAACCCAAAAAAUCCGGAUCUCAGUGUCUAUCUUGCGCGGUGCGGAAACCAAAACUUUGUGCUAAAACACGUAUCCCCUUCGAUCUUCGAACAAUCGCUGGAACUUAAACAAGAGUUCCCAGAAACGCGUCGUCUUCGAGUGCAUGAUGAUGAUAAUGAAGCAGAACGAAUCCUUAUCUACAACCACUUUAGCGAUAAUUUGCUUUCUCUUGUGAAGAACAACCCGAACAUGUCGAUUGCGCCUCGGAAACGGAUAUUGUGGGAACUUGGGCAGGCGCUAAGGGAGUUUCAUGCCAAGAACUGGAUACAUAUUGGUAACAUGCAUCAGCCUGCUCAUCAGAUCCAGGCACUAACCAAGUUUUCCUUUUUAGACGUCAAGCCUGAUAAUGUUAUGGUUGAUUACCGUUACGAUCAGGACGGUCAGCUCAGACCAGAAAGGGUUGUGCUAGGUGACCUGGAUUGCUCUUUGAAGCUAAAAGGCGACAAACUUCUUCAUCUCCCAGACGGAAUCAAAAUAGGAAAUGUCAUGUGGCGCAGCCCCGAAGCGCAAACGGGACAGGGGAUUGGCAAACCGUCGGAUGUAUUCUCUUAUGGGCUUGUGUGCCUGUACACCAUCACCGGUGUGGAAACCCUGCACCCGGAUUUCGAGCAGUUAAAGAGAGAUAUGAUCGAACCUGAACUGGAGAUUAUGGGUAGAUUGAUAUCUUUUUUUGGGCCGGUCCCAGACGAACUUGUGACUCAUGUUAAUAAUGAGAACUGGGGUCAAAUCAUGAUGGCUAUAUCAGAAGGGACAUUCGAUGGAGGCCCAGUCGGGCCUGGGCGUAUCGAGAAGUGGGAGGAGAAAGAUUACCCCAAUCUUAACUCCAAGACAAAAAGAUUUCUCUGCAGAAUGACAAACCUCAGUCCAUUGAAGCGAGCUACUAUGGAAGAACUUAUGGAAGAUCCCUGGUGGAACAUGUAA